UGAUUAUGAAUGCAGUCGGUAAAAAGAAAAAAGAAAAACUCACAAAAAUCUCACAGUUGAGGCGCGGUAUUGUGCAAAUUGCAAAAGCACCUCGUUAGGGUUUUUCUUCGGGGUUUUGUGUUUCCUUCUCAUCGAUUCCAUCCUCCGCAGAUAUCCCUAGCUUCCGCUGCUAGUUUCUCGUCUCCGACCUAGUAAUGGUCACGCCGAAGGAGUUAGUGGCAGUAGUACAGUCGUCGCUUCUCGGAACGUCAGGUACAACUCCAACGCAACGAAUCGAGCUCACUCAUGCCAUUCGCAGCUCCUUUUCCUCUAUUCAGAACCUCCUUUCAAACCCGCCCCCGAAGCAGUCCGAUAGAGCGCAAGUUCAGUCACGAGAAAUUCGACUUCCGAAUUCGUUGCCAAUAUCUUUGGAUGACCAAGAUGUCGCGAUUAGCUUGAAACUGAGCGAUGAGCUUCACCUAAAUGAGAUAGAUUCUGUUCGUCUGCUCGUAUCUGCAAACCAGGAGUGCGGCUUGAUGGGACGGGAUCCACUUGAGAUUCAACGGCUUGCAACUGGACUAUGGUAUACAGGGAGAAGAGAUCUUACAACAACGCUCUACACACUACUGAGGGCAGUUGUUCUGGACCAGGGGCUUGAACCUGAUCUUAUAGCUGACAUUCAGGGACUCUUAGAAGAUCUGAUUAAAUCUGGGCUCAGACAACGGUUGAUUAAUCUUAUAAAGGAACUCAAUCGGGAGGAACCUUCUGGCCUAGGUGGACCCUUAUGUGAGCGAUACCUUAUUGACUCACGAGGUGCUCUUGUUGAACGACGAGCUGUUGUUCAUAGGGAAAGACUGAUCCUUGGACAUUGCCUUGUUCUUUCGAUUUUGGUUGAUAGACCUGGUCCAAAAGAUGUGAAAGAUAUAUACAAUGUUUUGAAAGAUAAUGCAGCUCAAUUAACGCAAAGAAAUGAAACCAUAAGUUAUCAGAUUACAUUUAGUCUUCUGUUUUCUCUCAUCAUCACCUUCGUAUCAGAUGCUAUCAGCGCACUAUCUGAUAAGUCAUCUAUGAUUUCUCAAGAUGCUUCAUUUAGGACAGAGUUUCAGGAUAUGGUCAUGGCUCCUUGCAGUGACUUCACUGCUGAUGGCUUCAUUGGUGGCUUAAGGCUUGCCUGGGCUGUGCAUUUAAUGCUGAUAUAUGAUGGAAUAGCUGGAAUGGAUACAAUUUCCACCGCUUCGACAACAGAUAUGGGGCACAUAUGCUUUUGCCUGGAGUCCAUCUUUUCAAAAAAUGUGUUUCAAUUUUUGCUGGAUAAUGUUCUUCAAACUGCAGCCUACCAGAAUGAUGAGGAGGACAUGGUCUACAUAUAUAAUGCGUAUCUGCACAAGUUAACUUCUUGCUUUUUAUCUCACCCGAUCGCAAGAGAUAAGGUGAAGGAAUCAAAGGACAUGUCUAUGAGUGUUCUAAGUUCUUACCGAACUGGUGAUUCACUUGACGGCAGCAUGCAGACUGAAGAGGCUGACAGGCCGCUGCCCUUUAUUUCCCUUAUGGAGUUUGUAAGCAAAAUAUAUCAGUCUAUUCUUGAUUUUGUGUCUUUUGAUCUUUUGAAUUCGACUCGAUCACAGAAGGAACCUGAGCUACUCUACGGGAAUGAUGUCUUGUGGACAUUUGUGAAUUUUGCUGGAGAGGACCACACAAAUUUUAAAACUCUUGUGGCGUUCUUGGAAAUGCUGUGUACCUUGGCUUCCACUCAAGAUGGUGCUUCUAAGGUUUAUGAGUUGCUCCAAGGUACAGCAUUUCGGAGUAUAGGAUGGGCUACUUUGUUUGAUUGCAUACGAAUUUACGACGAUAAGUUCAAGCAGUCUCUUCAAACUGCUGGAACCAUGAUGCCAGAGUUCCUGGAAGGCGAUGCAAAAGCGCUUGUUGCAUAUCUGAAUGUUCUUCAGAAGGUUGUUGAGAGUGGUAAUCCUACUGAGAGGAAAAACUGGUUUCCUGAUAUUGAACCAUUUUUUAAGCUUCUUGGCUAUGAAAACGUCCCUCCAUAUCUAAAGGGUGCUCUUAGGAAAACCAUUGCUGCCUUUGUUUAUGUCUUUCCAGAAAUGAGGGACUCUGUCUGGGCAUUUCUUGAGCAGUAUGAUCUGCCGGUUGUCGUGGGAUCACCGGUGGGAAAGAGUGACCAAUCUUCUCAGGUCUAUGAUAUGCAAUUUGAGUUGAAUGAAAUUGAAGCAAGGAGAGAACAAUAUCACUCAACAGUUUCUUUCCUAAAUCUGAUUAACUCUCUGAUUGCCGGAGAGAAAGAUGUAACUGAUCGUGGGCGUAGGUUUAUCGGCAUCUUCAGAUUUGUUUAUGAUCAUGUAUUCGCCCCUUUUCCUCAGAGGGCAUACUCAGAUCCUUGUGAGAAGUGGCAAUUGGUUGUGGCAAGCCUUCAACAUUUUCACAUGAUUUUAAGCAUGUAUGAUAUCCAGGAGGAGGAUCUUGAUGGAUUUACUGAGCAUCCGAAUUUUUUGGCGUCAGUUGAAACAUCGUCACUGCAAACGCAGCUUCCAGUUAUAGAAUUAUUAAAAGAUUUCAUGGGUGGGAAAACUCUUUAUAGGAACCUAAUGGGUGUUCUUCAGGUUGGGGUGAAUUCUAUCAUGAGCGAGCGAAUCAGUAAAACUUACGGGAAGAUUUUAGAAAAGGCUGUACAACUUUCUUUUGAAAUCUUACUGCUCGUCUUUGAGAAGGAUUUGCUUGUUUCCGAUGUCUGGCGUCCGCUGUACCAGCCUUUGGAUAUAAUUCUCUCUCAAGAUCAUAAUCAAAUUGUUGCCUUGUUGGAGUAUGUCAGAUAUGAUUCUCUUCCUCAGAUUCAGAGAUCUUCGAUCAAAUUGAUGAACAUCUUAAGUUCUCGCUUGGUUGGACUCGUUCCAAUGCUGAUUAAAAUGAAUGCUGCGAAUUCCUUGAUUGAGGAUUAUGCGUCCUGUCUUGAGCUACGACUGGAAGAGGGUGAAGUCGUAGAGAACAGUUCUGAUGAUCUGGGGGUCCUUAUAAUGCAGCUUCUGGUUGAUAAUAUCAAUCGGCCUGCACCAAGUAUCACACAUUUGCUUCUAAAGUUUGACCUGGAUUCCCCCGUGGAAGGGACAGUUUUGCAGCCCAAGUUUAACUACAGUUGUCUGAAGAUCAUUCUUGAAAUGCUGGAGAAACUUUCAAACCCUGACAUAAACUUCUUACUCUUUGAGUUUGGCUUUCAACUUUUGUGUGAGUUGAGUUUGGAUCCAUUAACUAGUGGUCCAACCAUGGAUCUCUUGAGCAGCAAAAAAUAUCAGUUUUUUCUUCGGCAUCUCGAUACCAUUGGUGUUGCUACUCUUCCAAGAAGAAGUGGUAGCCAGGCUCUCCGUAUUAGUUCCCUUCAUCAGAGGGCGUGGCUACUAAAGCUCCUAGCUAUUGCAUUGCAUACUGGUUCUGGAAGCAGUUCAGCCCACCUAGAGGCAUGUCAGAGCAUACUUUCUCAUCUUUUUGGGCGGGAGGGAACCGAAGCAGGGAAUGAACUUUCUUCUUCCAGUUCAUACACUCUUCAGGAUGGGCUUGAUUAUAGUGGAACUAGUUCAAUCAGUAAAAGUAGGGUAUUGGCGUUGCUUGAAAUACUCCAGUUUAGAUCUCCUGAUGCUUCGAUGCAGCAUCCUCAAAUUGUGUCAAGCCGAAAGUAUGACACGCUGGUGGAGGACAUACUUGGGAACCGUGAUACCUCUGUUAGCGGCAGUAUCUAUUAUAUUUCUGAGCGUGGUGAUCGCCUGAUUGAUCUAUCUUCCUUCAGUAACAAACUCUGGCAGAAACUACAUUCUGGAUUUCCCCUAGUAGAUACUUUUCCAAAUGCUGCUGAGCUUAAUGAAGUUAGAGAGACAGUUCAACAGCUGUUGAAAUGGGGGUGGAAGUAUAAUCGAAACCUUGAGGAGCAAGCUGCCCAACUUCAUAUGUUAGCUGGCUGGUCUCAGAUUGUUGAGGUGUCUGCUUGCAGAAGAAUAUCUUCUCUGGAAAAUCGGUCUGAAAUUUUGUACCGGAUACUUGAUGCCUCUCUAAGUGCCUCUGCUUCUCCAGAUUGUUCAUUAAAAAUGGCGUUUGCACUCACUCAGGUCGCCCUUACCUGCAUUGCCAAACUUCGUGAUGAUAGAUUUUUGUUUCAUGGUGCCUUGAAUUCUGACACAGUGACGUGUCUAGAUGUUAUGGUUGUAAAACAUUUAUCCACUGGUGCUUGCCACUCCGUUCUAUUUAAACUUGUUUUGGCAAUUCUAAGGGACGAGUCAUCGGAAUCCUUGAGAAGGCGCCAAUAUUCAUUGCUCUUGAGCUAUUUCCAGUACUGUCAGCAUAUGAUUGCUCUGGAUGUGCCAACAUCAGUCGUGCAGUUCUUGUUGCUUAAUGAACAAGAUGGUGAAGAUUUGGAUAUCCAGAAGAUUGACAAGGAGCAGGCUGACCUUGCUCGUGCCAACUUUUCUAUAAUAAAGAAAGAAGCUCAGGGCAUCUUGGAUCUGGUAAUCAAAGAUGCAUGUCAAGGCAGUGAGUUUGGGAAAACGAUAUCACUUUAUGUGCUGGAAGCCCUUAUUUGUAUUGAUCACGAGAGAUAUUUUCUUAGUCAGCUUCAGAGCAGAGGUUUCAUACGCUCUUGCCUUGGCAGUAUUAGUAAUAUUUGCUACCAGGAUGGAACAUAUUUACUGGAGUCACAACAGCGAGCAUGUACCUUAGACGCAGAAUUUGCAUUGUUACUUAGAAUUAGCCACAAGUACGGAAAGUCGGGAGGUCAGGUUCUGUUCUCCAUGGGCGCACUGGAACAUAUCGCCUCCUGUAGAGCUAUCAGCUUCAAGGGAAAUAUGAGGCGGGUCGAUAUGAAGCUUCAGAGUGAUGCAGGAUUUGAUGUGCAAAAGCAACGAACAACAAUCACUGCUGUCUUAAGAUUGGUGUUUUCUCUAACUUCAUUGGUUGAGACCUCUGAAUUUUUUGAGGGGAGGAAUAGAAUUGUUCGUGAAGUCGUUGAGUUUAUCAAAGGACAUCAAUUGAUUUUCGACCAACUUCUUCGUGAAGACUUAGCACAAGCAGAUGAUAUAUUGAUGGAACAAAUUAUCCUUGCAGUAGGAAUAUUGAGCAAGGUCUGGCCAUUUGAAGAGAACGAUGGAUAUGGAUUUGUUCAAGGGAUGUUUGAUAUGAUGAGCAAGCUUUUCAUCGUCUCCCCCAUUCAAUCCGUAUCAUCCCGAGUAGGACAAGUAGUUCAGGCAUCUGGUCAUCUAUUCCUCGAUUUCUUAUAUUCGUUGGGUUUCUCCUGUGUUUCCUCAUCUGGUGGACAGAAGGGGUCAGAGCUCAAAUGGUCUCAGUUGCGAUUCAGCUUGACUUCUUACUUAUAUUUUUUGGUGACCAAAAAUUAUUUGAGGUUACAGAUGUCAGAUGAUUCUUCUGAUAACUCCACUAAACUACGGCAACCAACGUUGAUGCUGCUUGCAUCACUUCUUUCGCAUGUGACUGAUUCCCUCGAGAGAGCAGCAGAGAAGAAGUCCUUACUCCUUCAUAAGAUCAGAGAAAUUAAUGAGCUGUCUAGACAAGAUGUAGACGCGGUAAUCAAUAUGUGUGAUUGCCAAGAAUAUGUCACACCAUCCGACAACAUACAUAAAAGGAGAUACAUAGCUAUGGUGGAAAUGUGCAAAAUUGUGGGCAACAGGGACCAGUUAGUCACAUUGUUACUACAACUAGCAGAGCAUAUACUAAAUAUCAUCCUGAUCCAUCUCCAAGAUAGAUCUGUUAGUUCAAAUGAAAGGGGAUCAUAUGGUUCAAAAUCCCAUCAAAAACAAGAUGUUACUGAUCUCUGUGUCAAAGUGUCACCUACCACAGAAAGGCUUGCAUUACUAAAUGAGGGAAAAAUCGGACAUAACCUGAAGGUGUUUCAGAGACUGGCGACUGCUGUAAAAGAAAUGGCUGUCCAAAAGUGUUUAUGGUAGGCUGGCUGCUCAAGAAAUGUAGAGAAUCGUAUCUGGUGAUUAAACGAUUUCUUGUAUGAAAUGUCUAAUUCUUAAAUGUAUUGUGGGUAUGAAUAACUGGGCACAGGGAUUUAAAAAAAGAAAUUGCACGGCGUCCACGAAAUCUCACUUAGAUCAUGAUUUCUGUGAGAUUGGAUUUGUUAUCGCCUUAUCCAGAACAUCUUAAAUCAUAUAUCUAUAAUGUCAGAUAACUUUCUCAGAAAGCACAUCUGUUUCAUAGAACAUAAAAACCCGAAAUAACACGAAGUUUAUUAAGGUAUAGUGCGAAAGUUUUUAAAAGUCGAUAUUUU